AUGGUGGUGAGGUCAGGUGGUGGGGAUGAAGAAGGAACUGGGUCUUCCAUUUCUUCCGUCACUGGCUCCCGCCCUAAAACUCCGAAAGUGAAAGCGGCAGCGGAGUUUGAAAUAGCAGUGUGUGAUGGUGAGAAAACUGAAGAAGGUGAAAACAGCCGAUUUUUUGAGUGGUUUUGGAGCUUCAAUCCACAACUUUCUUCUCUUUUUCCUAUCUCUGGCUUCGUCACUCUUCCCCUUGAUCACGUCACUUCUUCUUCUUCUUCUUCCUAUACUCAAUCCUCAAUUACAAAGAGGUUGACUGAGACCAUGGCUGUUUGGAAUGAUGGUUUAGUAGAUGUCUUUUGUGACUUAUGUAUCAAGGAGGUGGAUAACAAUAAUCGUCCAAAUACUCAUUUUAAUCCGGAGGGAUGGGUGAAUAUAAUCAAUAAUUUUUGUAAUGAAACGGGCAAAGAAUAUACUAGAAAACAAAUGAAAAAUAAAUGGGAUUCCCUCAAAGAUCAUUGGAAAUUAUGGAAAGAUUUGAAGGGAAAAGAGACCGGUCUUGGGUGGGAUCACAAGCGUCAAACUAUAGAUGCAUCCGAUGAGUGGUGGCGCCUCAAGAUUGAGAAAAACAAGGAAUAUGGAAAGUUAAAGAAAAAGGGAAUUGCACCCGAUUUUGAAGACAAGUUGGAUAAGAUGUUCAUGGGUAUUUCUGCCACUGGUCAGCAUGCAUAUUCACCAUCUUCUGCACUACCUAUCCCUAGAAGUCCACAUGAAGGUAACAAUGAGGUGAACCUUGAAGGUAGUGGUGACUCUGAGGAUAAUGAUGAUUUGGCCCCGGCUCUGCCUAAAAGAAAAAGGAAUGAGAGAGCUGAGAAAGGUAAAGGAGUAGUACCAAAAAAAGAAAAGGUGGGAGGUGCUGCUCAUUUGGCUAAACAAAUUAAUCGAAUGUGUGAGGCAAUUGAGAGUAGGAGCACAGGAACUUCCAUGAUCAAUAAAAGUGUAGAAAGUGGAGGCACUAGUAUUAAGGACGUGAUGAAGGAUGUCACCUCAUUGCCUGGUAUCGAGCAGGGUAAUAGUUUGUGGUUUUUUGCUACUCGACUGUUUUUAAGUCAAGAGAAGAGAGAGAUGUAUUUCACUAUGGAAGAUCGUAACGUGAGGUUGGAGUGGCUGAAUUUUGAGAUGAACCAUAACUAA